AUGGAGACACUGCAGCAUAUCUAUCAUUACUUAGCCCUUCACAUGAUGAACCUAUUAUUGCUCAUUUCGUUUCUAGUAGCAGCUUCAGCUGCUGCUUGCGUUCAUCAUGAUUUCAAAUAUCUUCAUCCAUCUCUAAGAAUUUCUUGCUUCUUUGCGUCAUUCCUCCUAACCCUAGCUACUUUUCAUCACUUGAAGAGAAAACGAAGCAAAGUAUACUUAGUAGACUUUGCAUGCUACAAACCAAACGAUUCUUGUGCUUUCACCAAGGAUAUGGUGAUGGAAGCAUGGAAGAGCUUUGGAGUUUUCUCAGAGGAGAACCUGAAACGAAUGGAGAAAAUUAUAGAUAAGUCUGGUUUGGGACCUAAAACGUACGUUCCUGAAGCUAUAAUGCAAAAGCAACCAAGAUUAUGUCUAGCUGAGGCAAGGAAUGAGGCAGAGACUGUACUUUUCGCAGCCAUUGAUGAACUCCUGGAGAAAACAAGGGUUCGACCAGAGGAUAUAGGAAUCCUUGUUGUGACCAACAGUGUGUUUUGUCCCAUACCAUCGCUCUGUGACACCAUUACGAAUCAUUAUAAACUCAGCCACAGCGUCUUAUGCUACGAUCUCAGCGGCAUGGGGUGUGGUGCUGGGGUUCUUGCUAUUGAUUUUGCCGAAAACCUCCUCCAGUCACACACUAGGUCCUACGCCGUGGUGUUGAGCGCUGAAAUUACAAACACAGGGUUUUACUUGGGCAACAACCCUUCAAUGCUCCUUGUCAAUUGUCUCUUUCGUAUGGGUUGUUCUGCUUCUCUUCUCUCCAAUCAUCCCUCAGAUCGUCAUCGUUCCAAAUACCAAAUCAUUCACACACUUCGCACCCACAUGGCUUCAGAUGACAGAAGCUACAACUGUGUGUUUCAACAAGAUGAUGACCAAAAAGUAAUUGGAGCUACCAUCUCCAAAGACCUCAUGAAUGUUGCAGGUCAUGCCCUCAAGUUUCACAUCAAAUCCCUUGCCCCACUAGUCCUCCCUGUCACAGAAAAACUCAAGUUUCUUGCAACUUUUGCGGGAAGGAAGGUUUUGAGAAUGACGAUUGAAGCUUAUGUUCCGAACUUCAAGUUGGCUUUUGAGCACUUUUGUAUUCACACUGGAGGAAGGGCAGUGCUGGAUGCAAUGCAAGAGAGUCUCGAACUUCAAGACUGGGACAUGGAACCUUCGAGAAUGACACUUUAUAGGUUUGGAAACACAUCUUCGAGUUCAGUGUGGUAUGAAUUGGCUUACUGUGAAGCUAGAGGAAGAAUUCAGAAAGGUGACAGAAUCUGGCAAUUAGCAUUUGGAUCAGGGUUCAAGUGUAAUAUUGUAGUGUGGAUUGCAUUAGACAACGUUGAAGCAGGUUCAUUGAAAAAUCCAUGGAGGGAUGAAAUUCAUGAAUUCCCUGCUAAUGUCGUAGACUCUCGAAACUGUUAG